AUGGCGGGCCUCGGCGGGGCCCGGGCGGCGGAGUACGCCGAAGAGGGCGAGGACGACGACGAGGAGGAAGAGGAGGCACGCCGAGGCGCCGCCGCGGGCUCCCCGGGGUCCAGGCUGCCCCCCAUCGCGGGCGCCGCCGCGGAAGUGACCCGACGGAAAGUGAAGAAGAAAAAGAAGAAGAAGAAGACUAAGGGAUCGGGCAAGGGGGACGAUAAACAUCACACUCGAGCCCUGAAGAGUCAGCCUCAGCCUCAGACACUAUCAUCGUCCCUCUAUGACAUCUUAAAUCCCAGAAAAGACCAUGGCCCGAGGGCAGAGCCCAGACUGGACAAGGAGGAGAACAAACACAUCCCUCCCUACGCCUGUGCAAUGAGUUUUUCCCACUUUGCCAAAAUAGACGAGAGCCUUCCAAACCAGGUCAAUGAGAGUCUGCGCUGGGACGGGAUUCUCACCGACCCUGAGGCAGAAAAAGAAAGAAUUCGCAUCUAUAAAUUGAACCGGAGAAAGCGGUACCAGCUUUUCGCCCUGAAGGGCUCCCCCUCGGGCUCCAGCUCCCCCAGCUCCGAGGAGAGCCCAGAGAACUUACACUAUCUCUCAGACAAAGACUGCAGCCCCGGCAGCAAGCAGCCCACUUGCAAAGGCGACCACCAGCAUGGCUACUUUGAAGGAAAACUUGCAACCAGGCUCCCACAGCCAGAGUCAGCCACUGCUCAGCUAGAGUGAAAAGUGCCUGCCGUGCUGCCAGGCUGCUUCUUGCCACCGCUUAUAUGUUACAAUCAGAAUAAACAUAAAGUGCCAGAAGGCAUGUUUC